AACUUUUUUUUCUAAUUUUCAGAAUAUUAGAAAAAUGUGGGCAACAGAAUCUUUAGUUAUACCAUUUACUUUGGCACUAUUGUGUUUCAUUGAUAUUACAUUUGCAAAUGAUGUCAUUUAUGCAGUAAAUGCAGGAGGAACACAGCAUGUUGAUUCAAAUGGAAUACAAUAUAUUGCCGAUCCAUUAAAAGUUGGAGUUGCAAGUGAUUAUGGUCAACGAUUCAAUAUUAGAAGAGUUUCACAUAAUGAUCAAGUUCUUUAUCAAACUGAGAGAUGGCAUGAUGAAUCAUUUAGUUACGAUGUUCCAGUUAAAAGUGAUGGUGAUUACGUUUUGGUGCUUAAAUUUUCUGAAGUUUAUUUUACUGGAUCAGAGCAAAAGGUAUUUAACGUGCAACUCAAUAAUCAACAUAUGAUUGUACAAUCUCUGGAUAUUUUCGAUAAAGUUGGCCACGCAACUGCACAUGAUGAAAUCGUCCCUUUUUCCAUUAAAAAAGGAACGUUGAAUGUUGGAACUGAAUCUUCAUCUUUCAAUAACAUUUUGACUGUGGAGUUUUUAAAAGGUGCUGCUGAUAAUCCAAAGAUAUGUGCAUUCUAUUUGUUGAAGGGAAAACCAGAAGAUGUGAAUCAGCUACCUCCUUUGGAUCUUCUCAACAAGGCAGAGGAAGAGGAGGAAGAAGAAGAGGAAGAAUCCCCUGAUGUGGGAACCAGACCGGACGACAAGAAGACAAGUUAUAGUGAUCAAGCAAAGCGGGAGAAAUUGAAAUCUGGCCCUCCUGCUGUAAAUCCUUAUGCAGAAGACAAUAGCAGCUUGGUUUUACCUAUUAUAGUUGCAUUUUGUGCAUUCAUACCUACUCUUGUAUGUCUAUGUAGGCUUUGAAUUCACUAAGAACCGUAAAAGUGAAGUUAUCGAGCACAGAAAUUUUUUUUAGGAAAUUUACUGUUGUACGUCUGAACAACUGAUAUAAUUAUACUUGAGAUAUCAAAAUGUUCGAUUGUUUUUGGUGAAAAUGGCAUUUUUGAUAAUUUUUUUUAUAAUGUUUUCCGACAUUGACCAGAGCAGCUGUUGCCAUCUAAAUUCGAUGAAAAUAUGAAAUUCUUAUCAAACUCUAUGCAUGUGCAAAAAUUUAAAGUUAGGCACAGCUGCGGUGCAUGUAUUUGUCCUGUUUUUUUUGCAAAUUAUUUUGUAUUUAUGGUUUUAUCAGAUGUUACAAACAUUAGUGUAAUUUGUUAAUUAUCCUGUAAGGUAUGUAAUUUAUAUUUGCAUAUUGGCUGAUAAAAAUAAUUUAUGAUCUAGUGUUGGUUUUGCCACAUUGAUUACAACACAGCAGAGAGAGAAUCACCUUGAAAAUGUGUCUAUAACAUUUCUUGUGUUAUAUGUUCUUGUAAUUGUUAGGUAAUCUCUACGUUAUGUAUAAUUAAAAGUGGGAAUUAUACUAUAUUUUUAUUGCUAAUCAAAUUCACUGAAGUUGGGGAUUCAUUGUGGACAAUAUUAUUUUAACUAUCAGUAGAGGUUGCGCGACACUAACUCCCAAUCCUUCGUCAAUGCCUUUGCGAAUGCGUAAAAUGCAAGGAUGUUGUGGCAGGAAUAAAAAUACAUAGCCCUACUUAAUUUGAAUUGAUUAGUAUGGUAUUAUUGUAGUUCAUGUUUCAUAUUCAUUCAUCCAAAUCUAAUUGUUAACAGAAAAAAAUGUGCCCAAUCAUAUUUUAGGACUAAAUUUAUGUUACUUUAUGAAAUUAUUUAGGGUGCAUAUUUCUUAAAUUGGUAUCAUUCUUCAUUUGUUACGUAAGAUGGUAUUAGUUUAGAAACAAUUUUUUCUUAAAUUAAGCUCGGAUUUGAAAAUUUUUAGUUCUGAUUAUAAAAAUGUGUUCAAUUACAUUUUAGGACCGCUACGUCUAAAAUUGUAGUUGCUGUCUAAUUGUUCGAGGUGCAUAUUUCAUGUGGUACUGUCCUUCAUUUAAAUAUAUAAUAGGGUAUUAGAUUAGAAACCUUUAUUUCUCAAAUUAAGCUUUAGAGUUGAAAAUUAUUAGUUCUAUAAUA